ACCGCCUCCUCCGCCUCCCCCGCCGGUGCUUCUCCGAGCCCCGCCGAUCGAGCCAUGGCCGCCGUUGCUCCCUCCGCUGACCAAGCUGCAGACUUGAUACAGAAAUUGACCUUGGAUUCUCAGUCCAAGACUCUCGAGAUGCCUGAAGUGACCAAAAAGUCUUCGAAUCAAAAUGGAUCUGUUGAUGGUGUCAAUGCUGCGAAUGGCCAGAUCCAGUCAUACGAUGCAGCUGUGACGGAGCCAACCAUGUGCUUUGUCCCCAAUAGCUACCCCUAUUAUUAUGGAGGUUAUGAAGGGACUGGUAGCGAGUGGGACAAUUUUUCAAGAUACACAAACGCGGAGGGAGGAGUGGACAUGGCCUCUGGAUUUUAUGGGGAUAAUGGGUCUCUUGUGUAUCAUGGUUAUGGGUUUGCACCAUAUGGUCCGUAUUCACCUGCCACUUCGCCUGUUCCUGGAAAUGAUCAACUCUAUGGAACUCAGCAGUACCACUAUCCAUCCCCCUAUUUCCAGUCUACCAUGACUCCAACUAGUGCACCAUUCACUCCAAGUCCAGCUGCUCCACCGGCAGAGCUUUCGACUUCUCCUGCUUCUGACCAGAAGCCUUUACCGGUUGAAACAGUGAAUGGAAACUCCAAUACUGCAACCAAUGCAGUGGGGAAGGGAAACAGCAGGUCAGCUUCUUCGAAAAUGUCAAAUCAAAACUCAUCUUAUAAUUCGAAUGGUUCACUUGGAAGGGGUUCUUUACCUGGUGGUAUGGCUUCCGGGAACCAGGAUCCUAGACUUGGAUUUGAUGGGUUUCAUUCGCCUCUCCCGUGGGCCGAAGGUGCUCUAUUCCCCGACGGGCAGAUUGCACCGUUGUCUACCAGUGGAGCGACAAAUUCAUUCCCAAGUGCCAACAACAGUCAUUCGAGGAAUCAGCACUUCCGUCCUAAUUCUAAUUUCAUGGGUCUGCAUCAAACGAGACCUUUAUCUGGCAUGGGGGUAUCCAGUGGAUAUAUGAACAGGAUGUACCCUAACAAAUUAUACGGUCAGUAUGGAAGCACAAUUAGAUCUGGCAUGGGAUUUGGGUCAAGUAACUAUGAUUCAAGAACAAAUGGGCGUGGCUGGCUGGCUGUUGACAAGUACAAAAACAGGGGGCAUGGCAAUGGCUACUACGGGUAUGCUAAUGAGAAUGUGGAUGGUUUGAACGAGCUGAACAGGGGCCCCAGGGCAAAGGGAUCCAAGAACCAAAAGGGCUUUACACCUAUUUUGGCGGUUAAGGGGCAGACUUUUCCCUCCAAUGGAACGAAUGAGGAGGAGAAGAAUAAGGCGAGUGUGAUUCCAGACCGCGAGCAGUAUAACAAAGUCGAUUUUCCUGAAGAUUAUGAAGAUGCUAAAUUCUUCAUCAUCAAGUCUUACAGUGAAGAUGAUGUCCAUAAAAGUAUAAAAUACAGUGUAUGGGCCAGCACGCCAAAUGGUAACAAGAAACUUGAUGCCGCGUAUCGGGAGGCUCAGGAGAAACCUGGCAGCUGCCCUGUUUUCCUUUUCUUCUCGGUCAAUACCAGUGGACAAUUUGUUGGUCUUGCGGAAAUGGUUGGCCCAGUUGAUUUCCACAAGAGUGUUGAAUACUGGCAGCAAGACAAGUGGAAUGGCUGUUUCCCUGUCAAGUGGCACAUUGUUAAGGAUGUGCCUAAUAGCUUGUUGAAGCAUAUUACACUAGAAAACAACGAGAACAAACCUGUGACGAACAGUAGGGAUACACAGGAGGUGAAGUUACUGCAGGGUCUUAAGAUGAUAAAGAUAUUCAAAGACCAUCCUGUCAAGACUUGCCUCUUUGAUGAUUUUGAGUUUUAUGAAAGUCGUCAGAAAGCAAUUCAGGAGAAAAAGGCAAGGCAGCAGCAAUUUCAAAAGCAGGUAUGGGAAGGAAAGCCGACAAGUGAGAAGAAAGAGAUGGCUAAUGGGGAGCUAAAACCGCAGAAGUCAGUGGAAGUUGCUUCAGAAAUUGUCAAGGAAACUUCGGCAGCUCAGGCUAAUGGGGAUAUAAAGCUUUCUGAUGAUGGAGUAACUGAGAAAAAGGCUGAUGAUGCAAAAAUUGUGAAAGCAGUUGCUCCUGAGAAGAAGGCCCUAUCAAACGGGGUGGCAAAUUAGUGCCAAUUGAAGCUGCGUGUGCAUAAGGGGGUGGGUGGUAGUGUUUUACCUUCUAUUACUGGCAGAAUUAUCUAGUGAACUGAAACGGGCUGGUCGGUUCUCUUUCAAGGUCAAGCUGCUGGGAUUGGUCUUUGGUUUACAAGCUCAAGCAGCUGGGAUUGGUCUUUGGUUUAGAGAAUCAUAAUAAUGCUUGGUGGGAUGGAAAGGCAUCCUUUCAUUGAUGAAGAAGCUGUUGAUGCUGGCUAGUUUUCUGGAACUGAGUACUUAUUAGUCGAUGUUAGAGGGCUUUUCUUUUAGCGCUUUAGCACCUAACUUUUUGGUUUUUGUUUUUGUUUUCUAGGAGUUUGGGUUGGGGUUUAUCGACUGGCUUUUAGUUUACAUGCCUUUUCUUUUAUAGCAUUUUCUCUUAUAUUUUCCUUUUUGCUUCUUUUUCCCCUCCUUUUAGUUGUUUGGUUCGACUUUGCUGUCUGUUUCCUUCCUACUUAGGUUAAUUGUGGAGUACUUUUCGUCUCUCAAAUACUUGGGACCUCCUGUUUGAAUGAGAACCGCUUCAAGCUUUAUUGCA